AUGCGUUCACUGCUCAAAGGAAAAGCCACUCAAGCUGCAACCAUGGAAUUUCUAGCCAAGAAAUUCACUCCGAUGGAAGGCUGGAGGCUUACAUCAUCCGAUAAAUCAGUAGAGGAAAUAAUUAAACAUCAAAACAAUCACAAGCUUCCUUUUUAUUUUUCAAAAUUAGGUUUUGGUGGUCAUUAUUUAAAUUUAAAUCAUCCCGAAGGUGAUAGUGUUGUUCAAGAUCAACAAUUUGCCAUUCAAAAGGCCAUCCAAGGAGGAGUUAAUUUAAUUGAUAGCAGUGCUGAUUAUGGAACAAGUCAACAAAUGAUUGGAAUGGUGCUUAAUGGAAUGUGUGCUCAUCAUCAUCCAGUUCAUCAUACUCAUCACCAUCACGGUCACCACACUACUGAAAAUGACACAAAAAUAUAUAGAGAAGAAUUAGUGUUAAUGAGUAAGGUUGGUCCUUUAGAUAAUUAUAUCGACGAGAGAAAUCAUUCGGUGUUGUCUCGUCUUGCAAAUGAGUGUCAAGUCCAAGAUUUAGACAAACGAAUUACAAAAUUAGCAGAUAAUUUACAUCACUAUUCUCUCGACCCUCUCAUUAUUUCCCAUGAAAUAACAAGAUGUUUACAAGAAUAUCAAGUAGAAACUCUAGACGUUUUAGUUUUAAAUCAGCCUGAAAAGCUUUUACAAGCCAUGCUAUUGCAAAAUACUGAUGGUAAUGAAUUUGCUGUAUAUGAAGAAUUUUAUCACAAACUUGAAAAAACAUUUAAAUGGUUAGAACAUGAAGUAGAACGCGGACGAAUUCAGGCAUAUGGUAUUGCCUCCAAAGCAGUUACUCGAGUUCCAAAUGUUGGAGUCCUCUCAAUUGAUCUGGAAAAAUGUCUAAAAAUUGCAGAGAAGGCUCACGGCGGAUUGAAUCACAACUUUAAGGUAGUUCAAGUUCCAUAUAACCUUCACGAGAAUAGUGUUCACACAGAAAAGAUUUUCUAUGAUCAGCAAUCAAACUCUUAUGUCAAUUUUCUUUCUUUUGCCAAAACUUAUAACCUGGCUACAAUGGGUUUUAGACCUCUUACGACACAACUUGAUGCUUAUUUGAUAUUUCGAUUUGCUGAUUACAAAUUUGACAAAAACAAGAAUGACCAUAUGGAAAAACUUGUCAAAGAAUAUCAAGAAACAGCAAAUGAAAUUGCCUAUACUGAACUUAACACUCCAUGGUACAAUGUCAACCUAUUAGAUGACUCUGUGGUUCUGUCCAAAGAAGUACAAUCAAGCACUCGACCAGAAUUUUCCAUGGAAAAUAUUCUCAAAAUACGACCAUCCAUUUCUUGGGGUCACAUCAUCAUGACCAAUUAUGACCAAUUGGAAUCCUACUUCACAUUUAAAAAGGUGUUACAAAAUAGAAUUAGACCAGAACAGAAAUAUAUUUUUGCCAAACUUUCUGAGCUAUCAGCAAAGGUCAAUGAAAAUGAUUACAAUGCAGUUGGCAUGAAAAAAGAAGGAACAGAUGCCAAUCAGCUCAACAACUUCAAAACCCAAUGUAAUAGAUGGCUCUCUCACUAUCAACGUCUUUGCAACAAGUUUUAUCAACUUUAUUCUGAUUUACUCUCCAUCAAGCACCAACAUCAGUGCGAAGAUUUACAUGCCAAGAUUUCAAAAGUGUCGAAUGAAGAUUUGAAUCAAUACACAACGCUGGCUCAGAAAAGUAUUCGUUGCCUCGUUGACACUCCCAAUUUGGACACUGUGCUGGUUGGAAUGCACAGGACAAAAUAUGUGGAUGAUCUUCUUUUUAACUCUGCAAAUAGUGAAUAUUCUCUGCUUCAAUCUCGACCACCUGAAAAGCAGCAAAUUUCUGACUCUGUCAUCCGAGAAGUGAAAGUGAAUAACUUUAGACUUAUUGUGGAUGGAGAAACAACACCACAUUUACGUUCUCAAUAA